GAAUUGUUCAGGGUCAGAUGACUCCUGAUAUCACUCUCGGUGAGUGGACGGUGCAAUCAUUCGUGCACGAAUUAAUCGCGGAUUUAAUUUUGCUAGGAAAGUAUAAGACAGUGGAAAAAGUCAAGGUCAAGCUAUCAAAGUGAAUUAAUGAAAUGAAAACGAAGAAUAAGUCGUUAUUCAGUAAGCUGUGCAAGUGUUACAGCAAGAAAGAUAUACCGCGGAGAUGUGAGAACACUGACACUGACAAUGAGAACGAGGCGGAUUUCGUCGAGAAUUUGGUGCAUCCAAAUCCGACGACCGAGAUACGAGAUGCCUGCAAGGACCUCGUCCUGUCUGAUGACCAGCUCCAGCUAGUCAUGCAGAGGCUCACUGAUGAAAUAAACAGGGGUCUAUCGAGGGAGACUCAUGAUGAUGCAAUUGUCAAGUGUUUCACCACUUACGUGCAGGAUUUGCCAAAUGGCACCGAGAAAGGCAAUUUCCUGGCACUGGAUCUGGGUGGUACAAACUUCAGAGUACUGUUAAUCACGCUAGAUCGCCAGAAUUUCGAUAUGAAAAGCAAGAUCUAUGCGAUACCACAGAGCCUGAUGCUGGGAACCGGUACCCAACUGUUCGAUCACAUCGCCCAAUGUCUGGCAUUAUUUGUAAAGGAUCUGAACAUGCAGCAUGAAGUACUGCCAUUAGGCUUCACCUUCAGCUUUCCUCUGUCUCAGCACGGAUUAACAAAGGGCAACUUGGUGAGAUGGACCAAAGGUUUCAAUUGCAGCGGCGUGAUUGGUGAAGACGUUGUCGCCCUUCUCGAAGAUGCGAUUAACAGAAGAAACGAUGUUAAAAUUGACGUAUGCGGAAUUCUAAACGACACCACUGGUACCUUAAUGUCAUGUGCUUGGAAAAAUAGAAAUUGCAGAAUCGGUUUAAUUGUAGGUACUGGAAGCAAUGCCUGCUACGUUGAAAAAACGAAGAAUGUACAGUGUGCGAUUCCAGGCAAUUAUGCCGAACACAAACCAUAUAUGCUCAUCAACACAGAAUGGGGCGCAUUCGGUGAAAAUGACACGCUGGAUUUUAUAAUAACUGAAUUUGACCGUGCCAUAGAUGAAAACUCAAUCAAUCCAUCGAAGCAGCUGUUCGAGAAGAUGAUCUCGGGAAUGUAUAUGGGUGAGCUGGCGAGACUGGUUCUCGAAAAGCUGGUGAACGCCGGGCUUCUGUUCGGUGGCAAAUUCCCAAGUGAUCUCAGAAAGCGCGGCAAGUUUUUCACCAAAUACGUCUCUGAGAUUGAAAACGAUCCUAAGGGAAGAUAUACAAACUGUCGGGAAAUAUUGGCCGAGUUGGGAUUACGAAAUGUGAGUGAUCAGGAUUGCGAGAACGUGAGAUACGUUUGCUCGCUAGUGUCGAGGAGAGCGGCGCAUCUGUCGAGUGCGGGAAUAGCGGCAUUAUUAAAUAAAAUGGGCGAAGAUAAUGUCACGGUGGGCAUCGACGGUUCGGUAUAUCGGUUUCAUCCGCACUUCCACGAUCUCAUGACGGCGAAGAUCAGCGAACUCCAGUCCUACAAGUUCGAUCUAAUGCUCUCAGAAGACGGCAGUGGUCGUGGUGCAGCUUUGGUCGCCGCAGUUGCAUCACAGAAACGAUGAAGACGCGGUUGUCGGUAGUGAGCUAGAAUUCAAUUAUGUAUAAUAUAAAACCGACACAACGUACGGUGGUACGAGUGAAUGUGAUGAGCGAGUGAAUACGAGCGAUAGCGUUGGAGAGAAAUUAAACCUCUCUCUUCGUUUAGUUGCAUUUUCUACACUGUGUCUUUUUUCUUUCUUUUAAAAUUAUUUUAGGAUAUUAUUUUAAGGCUUCUCCAAAGUCUAAAUAAAUUGCUAGUCGAAAAAGGUUUGCGUAAAACAUCAGGUAUAUAAUUAUAUGGACUUUUUGAAGUAAUACACACACGUGUGUGUAUAUAUAUACAUAUAAAUACAUACACACCUAUCCUGUUUUGAGUGUAGAAUAUGAUUAAAAUCUUUUUUACACACACGUAUAUACUAUAUAUACCUAUUCUGUUUUGAGUGUAGAAAAUGCAAGAAAAUGCAGUUUUAGAGGGAAUGAACAGAAAAAUUGCGCGAUGAAUUCUUGUACAUAGAGCACAAAAACUAUAACUUAGCACAUUAGAGUACCAAGUAAGUGAAUACUUAAUGUUCUUUCAAGAAACCAAGAAAAAUCGAGGACAUAGAUAUUCUGCGGCAGUCAAGUACAAUAUCCGCUAAUUAGCGUGAUUCGUUAAUAAUUCGUAUGUCCAAUCGUUGCCAUAAUUGGUUAAUCAUCUCGUGACUCUUCGAGAAGAAAUUAGUAAAAAAAUUAGAUACACAUAUAAAAACAAAUCGAAAAAUCUAUCAGAUAAAUUUUAACUGGCAAGAAAGAGUAAUCAUUGUUAAUUGUUGAUCAAAUAUCAACGAGUGCAAUUUAAUCGAUGAUAUAUUAAAUUGAUCACGUAACAUCGUAUCAAUUGUGAAAAGCAAGGAAUUGAUAGAAUCGAGAAUAAACACAAUUCUUUAUCGAUAUUUAA